AUGGGGCUACUACAAUUAUGUGAAAAGUAUUUUAACACAGUCAAUCUUUACGAAGUUUUGCAAAUUAGUGAAAAUGCUACGGAAAAAGAAGUAAAAAAAGCUUAUCACAAAUUGUCACUCAAAGUGCAUCCUGAUAGAGUCAAUGAAGAGAAAAAAAUUGAAGCUACUGAAAAAUUCAAAGUUUUGGGUGCAGUACAUACUAUUCUCAGUGAUAAAGACAAAAGAGCAUUGUAUGAUGAAACUAAAUGUGUAGAUGAAGAAGAAAACUCAAUUACUGAUCGUGAUUGGUCAGCAUAUUGGAGACUUUUAUUUAAGAAAAUUACUGAAGAAGACAUUAUUGCUUAUGAAAAAGAAUAUAUUGGAUCCCAGGAAGAAAGGAAAGACCUAAAGCAUGCAUAUUUGACUGGAAAAGGUGACAUGGAUUAUAUAGUUGAUCAAGUCCAGUUUGCUCGAACAGAACAUGAAUCCAGAAUCAGAGGAAUUCUAACCGAAAUGAUAGAAAAAGGAGAAAUUCCCGCAUAUAAAAUAUUCACACACGAGCCAGCCAAAAAACGACAGAAGAGAAUUGCAAAAGAAAACCGUGAAGCAAAGGAAGCUGAGGAACUAAAAUUCGAAUUAGGACUAGGAUCAGGAAAAAAUAGCUUGGAACUAAUGAUUAAACAAAGGCAGCAAGCAAGAGCAGAUCAAAUGGAUUCACUUAUUGAUGAUUUAGCGGCUAAAUAUGGGGGCAAUAAAUCUAAGGGUACUAAACGUAAAGCAGCACAGAAGUCUGAAACAGCAUCAAAAAAUAAAAAAAGGAAGUAA